CAACGAACGCUCGAUGAGCCCUUCCUUGGUCUCAGGUAUCCGCCCCUGCUUGGGCCGCACCUGGUUGUUCUGGGAACACCCCGCUCGCGCAGAGGCCCGCCUUCGGGGUGGGGCCGGCAUUUGGUCCCACCCCUCGUGUAUUCGAUUUCCGCUCGGGGAAAGGCUGCUUCCGGUCCCUGGCGCGUUGCUCGGCAAGAUGGCGGCGCGGCCCACGCUGAGGGUGUUAGCCCUGGCCGGCUUCCGGCAGAGCGAGCGGGGCUUCCGCGAGAAGACGGGAGCGCUGAGGAAGGCGCUCCGGGGCCGCGCUGAACUCGUGUGCCUCAGCGGCCCGCACCUGGUCGCGGAUGCUGCGGGCCCCGAGGGCGCCGGGCCGGACUCCGAGCCCUGCCUUCCGGAGGAGCAGCCCCGAGGCUGGUGGUUUUCAGAACAGGAGGCAGACGUUUUCAACGCCCUGAGCCAGCCCACAGUAUGCAGAGGUCUGGAGGAAGCCUUGGGAACCGUGGCACAGGCACUGAAGAAACUGGGACCUUUUGAUGGGCUCCUUGGUUUCAGCCAGGGAGCCGCGCUGGCAGCCGUUGUGUGUGCCCUUGGCCAAGCUGGCGAUCCCCGCUUCCCCUUGCCAAGGUUUAUCAUCCUGGUAUCUGGUUUCUGUCCCCGAGGCCUUGGACUCAAGGAAUCCAUCCUGCAGUGCCCCUUGUUACUGCCUUCACUACACGUUUUUGGGGACAGUGACUGCGUCAUCCCCUCUCAGGAAAGUAUGCAGCUGGCUAGCCAAUUCACCGGAGCCGUCACCCUCACCCACUCUGGUGGCCACUUCAUUCCAGCAGCUGCGGCCCAGCGUCAGGCCUACCUCAAGUUCUUGGACCAGUUUGCAGCGUGAAAGAUGAACAAAUGGCUCUGCCCCUACUUCUCCCACCCCCAUAUGACCUCGGGGCAGUCUCUGUAAUCCAGUCCUUCCAUCCUCCCCCCGCCCCCUCCCCUGGGAGCUCAGGGGCUGUCAGUGUUCCUCAUCAUCACCAAUUAAGAGACAAGUAUCAAGGGCGCCUGGGUGGCUCAUUGGGUUAAGCCGCUGCCUUCGGCUCA